GGCAAUGCCAUGAAAGCUAGCGCAAGUGAGUUCGCGAGUCGAAUCGGCCGAGCUCUCAUCUCUGCUUCAGCCCCCUCAGCGCCGACCCGGACAUGGACCCCUUCUCUGGAGCAGACCCUCCACCGACUCGGCUGUCGGGACUCGCUCACGCCGCCGCUCGCUGCCAGAGUCAUCGAUCCCUUCCUCCUCCACCACCCCUCCCUCGCUCUGGGCUUCUUCAACUGGGCUUCUCAGCAGCCUGGCUUCGCCCACACUUCUCUCACCUACCAAUCCGUCCUCAAGUCUCUCUCCCUCUCUCGCCAAUUCAAUGCCCUCGACACCCUCCUCAAGCGCACCAAAUCCCAGAAACUCGUUCUCGAAGCUUCGGUAUAUCGCUCUGUAAUUGCGUCUUUGAUUGUGGGUAAGAGAACCCACAACGCUUUUUUGGUUUUUAGUGAAGUUAGCUCACUUGGCAAAGAUAUUGGGACGGGUACGUGUAGUUCUUUGUUAGCCGCUCUUGCUGCUGGUGGGUAUCUUGAUUGCGCCCAAAAGGUGUUCGACGAAAUUACCGUGAGAGGUGUGGGUUUGAGCACUCUUGGGUUUGGUGUUUAUGUGUGGAAUUUCUGUAAAACCGCUGAGUUGAGUAAGACUUUGAGUUUGGUGGAUGAGGUUAGGAAAUGGGAAUGUGGGAUCAAUGGCUCAAUUGUUGCGAUUUUGAUCGUUCACGGUCUUUGUCAGGCUUCGAGGUUGCCAGAGGCUUUCUGGGCAUUGGAUGAGCUGAGAACUAGGGGUUUCAAGCCUGAUUUUAUGGCAUAUAGAGUUGUUGCGGAAGCUUUUCGAUUGACAGGGAGCAUAAGUGAUGUGGAGAAAACUUUAAAGAAGAAGAGAAAGAUGGGGGUGGCUCCAAGGGCAAAUGAUUAUCGAGAGUUUAUCUUUGAGUUGAUUUCAGAGAAACGGGUGUGUGAAGCAAGAGAAUUGGGCGAAGUGAUUGUGAGUGGUAAUUUCCCAAUUGAGGAUGAUGUUCUCAAUGCUUUGGUGGGAUCCGUGUCGGCCAUUGAUCCUAGUUUUGCAAUGAUUUUUUUCAACUUCAUGAUUGGAAAAGAGAAAUUACCAACUCUUCUUACUGUGAUCAAUUUGAGUAGGAACCUUUGCAAGCAUGAUAAAACAGAUGAAUUGCUGGAUGUUUUUCGAAUUUUAUCUUCCAAAGACUAUUUCGCGGACUUGGAGAGCUACAAUGUUAUGGUUUCUUUCUUGUGCAAAUCUGGGAGAGUGAAAGAAGCUUAUGGUGUUCUUCAAGAGAUGAAGAAGAAAGGAUUUGGUCCGGAUGUCUCAUCUUACAAUUCUCUGAUGGAAGCAUGUUGUAGAGAGGAUCUAUUGCGGCCUGCAAAAAGGCUGUGGGAUGAGAUGUUCGCAAGUGGGUGCAGUGGAGAUUUGAAGACUUACAACAUCCUUAUUCGGAAGUUAUCAGAGGUAGGACAAGUCGAAGAGGCUUGGCAGCUCUUUCACCACAUGUUGGAGAAAGGGAUAGUACCGGAUGGUACAACUUACACAUCUCUCCUUGAGGGUCUUUGCCAAGAAAGAAAAUUUGAAGCUGCUAUUGAAGUCUACAAUAAGUCUAUUGAACAAGAUGUAAUGCUUGCACGAACCAUAUUGAGUACAUUCAUUCUUCACGUCUGCAGGGAAGGUCAUUUCCUAGAUGCUUCUAAGCUGCUCCGUGGGCUCCCAUGUGAUAUAGGAGAUUCAGAUUCUCAUGUGAUUUUGCUCAAGUGUUUAGCGGAUGCUAGAGAGAUCCCCAUCGCUAUUGAACACAUAAAAUGGGUUGGAAAUACCUCACCGUCAAUGUUGGAAGCAAUAUCUACUGAACUUUUGGCAUCACUUUCCUCUUCUCCGAGACCAGAGCUAAUCCAACAGUUGCUUCAAGCAAUGCAGGAAAAAUGUCUAGUUUUCAAUAAUGAUACGUGGAAGUAUUUGUGUCACAGAUCAUUAACUGGUUGUUAAGGUGGCCUUAGGGGCUGUAAUUCAGGAAAAUAUAAAGGCUGUGUUCUAGCUGUAUGGACAACCAGGUGAAUUCUUAUGCUUCAUGGUAUGAUAAUUAGGGUUGCCAUAUACCAUAUGCACGUUUACCAGGGGACAUUGUUCUCCAUCACUAUUGAAUUGGACAUCGCACUGUUUAUUGGUGACUUGUUUUUGCAAUAUAUGAAGAUACAUAAGAAACAUUUUUAUCUGGUAUUUAUCUCUAGGCUCUAGCCUUGCAAACUCAUAAUUCCAAAGGUUGUACCAUAUCUAUUAAAAAAUGUUUACGAUGGUUUUGCUUAUGAAAUUCUACAAGGGCAGUUAUGUAUUUGUGAUGAUCUGCUCUUUCUGAUACCAUGCUAUAUUUGUACCUGAAGCUGUUGAGAACUUUUUUCUGAAUACAUCAUUGGGAAUUUCUUUUAGAUACUGUACUAUAUCUGUACCUAAAGUUCCAAAUUGGCAAUCUCAACCACUACAUCACGGUUUCAUCUAACAGCUUAUUUGUAAGGAAAACAUGAGGUUGUUGCAAGACCUUUCAGAGGUAAAUUGAUAUUUUCAAAGCAGUAUAUAGUAGCACAGUAGAACUUUGUGCCACUUCUUGCUAUAUGCUGAUUACACAGUGGAUGCUGCGAUGCAGGAAGGGAAAAGAGGGUUAUGCAGCACAGGCCUAAAUUGGAUGUGGCGGACAACAUAAUGGAGGAUGGGCUCCCAAACCACCCAUACCAACAAAAUGAAAAGAGGGUUAUGCAGCACAGGCUAGUAGGCCUCCCAGUGGACCAAUGAAACAGAAAUGAUACUGAAAUAGUUUGCAUCGAGUUGCUCUUUGGAAUGCUCACACUAUGUAAAUAUCAAAUAUUAAUCUAGGAGCUCUUUUCAUCCUCAAGGUACUAACUACUGAAUGUGAAGAUUUUGCCGAACAUUUCUUUUUUGGGAGUUAUACUAGGUUUAAAGCUCUUUCUUUUCUUAGUAUAUGGUAAGUGGAAAUAUGAUCCUUCUUCUUGAGCUGGGUUCAAUGAGAAUAUUGCCAUGGAUGAUCAAAACUCUCUGUCGCUCUUGCUACCCCCACCCCCCCACCCCCCACCCCAUUGUUUUCCCUACAUUUGGUUUGCACAAUUCUUUAACCAUUAAUGCAUGGUAUCUGCUGCCACCUCCUAAGUGGCAUCCGCCAGGCUAAACAGUAAUCCAUUCCUUGGGGAAAGAACCCCAACCAUUCUGAAUGGUAUAUGUUUUUGUAACGAAGAAAAUGAUGAAAUAACCUGGAAAUUCAACUCAAAUUGAUACAUUAUGGUCUAACGACUCUAAUAUUUUUGCAGUGAGGUGGCUUCUUCUGGAUCUAACAAAUCAAAUUGGAAAUUUUGUUUCAUUUGGAGAGGGGUGGCAACUGGCAACACUCAAAGUUGAGAAUUUCUGUUGGCGCAUUGACAGCUACUGGUCCUUGGGUGAAACUUCAUUGAUGGGGAGUGCAGUGGGCGACUUCUGGGUGCAUACAAGAAGCACUGACCAGGUGGUUUCAGAUCAACAAUACGAUAAAGUCAGAAGUUGCAUGGGGUUCUCUCUCUCUCUCAUCUUCUUCUUGCUAUUUUUUGGUCUCUGAGGAAAUUCUUCAAAGCCCUCAUGGGCUGCAUGGGAACAAAGUGCCAGGCCCCAAUGGUUUCACUUUGGUUUUCUAUUGAGAAAACUAGGACCUCCUCAAGCAACGGAUUGUCAGGAUUUUUGCUGAUUUUCAUAGAAUAGCCAGAUUAGUUGGGAGCAUUAAUUCAACAUUUGUUGCCCUAACUCCUAAGAAAGCAAGGAUUUCCCUUGGUGGUAUCUAUAAAAAUCUUACGCAAGGACCUCACCAGAAGACUCAAGAAAGUAAUUCAAAAAUUGGCCAGCGCCAACAAACCUUCAUGGCAAGUAGAUAGAUUGUGGAUGCAGCCCUUACUGCAUAUAAAGUUGUGGAUACCUACUCCAAGGCAAGGAAACAAGGGGGUGUUUGCAAGCUUGAAAUGGAAAAUCUCGUGAGAAAAAGUAACGUUUAGGCAUUCACGACCUGACAAUGUAAUGGCAUUAAAUGGUCUAUAGUAACGUGUAGUAGUCCAUGAUGGCGGUUAUGGUACCAUAACUGGCUUAGAAGCCGUCGACAUCAUUACAUUAUGGCUGCAGAAGCUCGCUAUGCACCAAUUUUUUAUGAGAAUGACUUACCAAGAGGCAAUAGCACCCUCUCAAAUCGCCUAGUUUACCAUACAUCCAUACCCCACGUUGCCAAAAAAAUUGGAUUUCAAAUAGCAUCUUGUCAACUGGAGGUGGUUAGCCAACCUUUUCAAAGUGGAGGCUUGGGACCAAAGCCCCUCUCUACUUUCACUAUAGCCAACCAUAACAAUUGAGCCUCCAAAGAAGUUAAGAGGAUCCUACAGUGAUGGAGUUUAGAGGUUCAUCCAAAGAAGUUGGGAAUAUUUUUUUCUUCGUAAUUAAAUUCAACAUUUGUGUUUCUUUUAAUGGCAUGACAUUUGGUGUCAUCCCAUAGUGUCUUCUUCUAUGUUCAGCUUGGUUUGUGACGAAGAUGCUCUAGUUAGAAAUCACUUCCAUUCAAAA